GCAGAGGACCGCUGCCGGGAUGCGCUCUUGGCAAAAUCGGAGGAGUCGCCAGGGAGGAGUGAGGCACGUGGAGAUCCUCCAUCACUUUUUCAGAGGGGACAACGAUACUAUGAACAGGGAUUGUACAAACAAGCAUUAAAGCGAUUUGAAAAAGUCAAGGAUACAGAUUUUCAAGCAAUGUAUCAGCUUGGUGUAAUGUAUUAUGAUGGACUUGGCACUACAAAAGACCCUGAGAAGGGAGUGGAAUACAUGAAUAAAAUACUCAACUCUGAUUCCCCAGAAGCAAGUCACUUGAAGUUUGCAGCUGCAUACAAUCUUGGCAGGGCAUAUUAUGAAGGAUGUGGUGUUAAACAUUCAGUUGAAGAGGCUGAAAGGUUGUGGCUUACUGCUGCAGACAAUGGAAAUUCAAAAGCAAGUGUAAAGGCCCAGAGUACUUUAGGGAUGCUUUAUUCUAUGCCAAUUCUAAAAGAUAUGAAGAAGGCCUUUUUCUGGCAUUCAAAAGCAUGUCAAAAUGGAAAUCUGGAAUCAAAGGCAGCACUUGGCAUUAUGUAUCUCUACGGACAAGGUACACGUCGAAACAGCCAAGCUGCUUUGGAGUGCUUGAGAAAAGCUACGGAACUUGGAAAUCUCUAUGCUCAAGGCCAUCUUGUGGAAUAUUACUACACUGGAAAAUUUUACUCAAAAGCCGCUGAACUAGCCAAAAGGGCUACAGCAGAUGAUGACAUCAACACGCUAGCCAAGCUAAAUGAUUGCCAUCCAACCUAUUUAGCCAAGGGGGCUGCUAUGGCUGCUUUCUACUUGGCUAGAUGCCUCCAGCUAGGCAGAGGCACUGAGAAAAACAAGCAGGCUGCUGAGAAGUACUAUUCUAAAGCAUGCCAUCUGGAUCCUGUUGUUGCUUCUCACCUUGAAUUGGCAGCUAAUCUUGGGAGAAUUUAGUGUUUCUUUUAACUGUGACUGGUAUAUAAAUAUAUUUCCUACAAUAAACCAUCAUUAAUCUCCAGCAAUUAUAGACUGUUCAUCACUUACUGCUUGCUUUUCAACUUUCUAUAAAUUAUUAUUUAAAGCAAUUCACUGAUUCAUUUUAUCUAGAAGAGAAAGUAAAAAGCUCAUGCUCUCUAACUCAGAUAAGCUGAGAGAUUUUUAAAAAAUAAUAUUGAAGACUUAAAGGUUUAUUAAGGACGUUUCACAGGACAGAUGUAUUUUCUUCAUGUCAUAUUGCUACAGAGCACAUGAAUCAAAACAAAGCAAAAGAAAGAUGCUUGUUUCCUCUCUGAGUAUAUAGUAUUUAUAUUUUAGUAUUCUGAAAAGCUUCAACCCAAACUUGUCUCAGUUUCACACACAGGCCACUUACAGGCCAUGGCCAUUUUUAAUGUUAUUAGUGCUUACACUUAUGCUUUUAAUGUAGUGGUGCUUAUAUUUUCUUCCACAUACUUUCUAAAGCAUCUAGAUUUACUUAAAAGUCUUUAUACAUAUUUCUUUUGGAUUGCAGAGACUCAAAGUUGGAAACUGUCCAGCAGAACCCUAAGCUUUACAAUUCAAACCAUACCAGCUUCUAAAACUAAUAAACACUACUUACAGAACUGUGGGAAAAAAGCCCCAAACAUUAGUAUGGAAAUAUUGAAUAUACAUCCCCAAGACAAGGCCUGUUUUUCUCAAUUCUCCAUAUUGCAUUCACACUGCCUCUGUAUUAGAAAUAGUUGGAAAUCUCUUGGCUAGGAGUAUUUAUGUCUGAGCAAUGUCAAGCUGGAUCUUUUAUGAAAAGACACUGAUUAACCACUAGGAAAACUUACUGAUUGCUGUGGUCAGCUUGCACAUUUCUAAAUGCCUGUUUACUUAUGAAGCUUUGUAAGUGUAGAAUUUGCCUUGCUUCUUAGUACUGUGCCACAACUUGCAAACUCUUCUGAAACUGUUAGAACAGAAGGUUAGAUGUUACUAAAAAUGUUGAUUUAUAUAGAUUAUGCAGAUUGUAUGUACCUUACAAUACAGCCAGUCAUAACUGCAAGUAGUUUUUCUAAGAGCACAACUGUACUGAAUUGAGAAGACAGUAAUGAGUGUCAGCUAGGGAUUUUUGAUGAUGUUUAAUUAUUUAGAUGUGCAUUAACAUCAUAUUUACAUGUUUUUACAUAAAUUAAAAAAAAAAAAAAACACUGAAGACAGUUUUCUUUCCUUGUAUAAAAUAAGAGAAAGAUUUGAAGGUUAUUUGAAAUUGGGGCAUUUGAAUAAAACAGCCCUGAGUAAUAUCAGGGAAGUUAUCAGAACGGUUUAAUUAAAUGUCUACUUGAUCAUUCAUAGAAGCAAUUCAUAAGCACUAAUCUUUGAACUAACAUUGAACACAGGCAUUCUGUUAGGACAUACCAGUUUACAAUACAUAAUUUUGACACAAACUUCAAAGCAAUGUAGAUACUUCUUAUGAAACUAGUGCUGUCAAACCCAUUGAUCCGUUGUCAGUACAGCCUCAUAUCAAGUGCUGCAAUCCAGUUGUGAUAUUUAUUGCUUACAAAUGCUCCAAACCACAGGAAAUCUUUGGUAAAACCAAAAUUGAUAAAAUUUUCACAAUAGCUUUACAUGUAAUAUUGCACGACAAGGCUUUUUCAAUACACAAGAAAAAAAAAGGAAUGCUCAAAUCCUCAGUGAGGAGAUUAGAACUGUACAACAUUCAUUAGUUUACCACUAUAAGCAAAAUUUCUUUCCAUAAAUGUUUAAAAUAUCUUCUGGUUUCUUUCAGCAUAUAUGAACAUUUAUUUUUUAAUCUAUAUUUGAAACAGAGGAGUAGUCAAAUAGAACAAUUUAAAUAAAAAUUGGCAG